GGAUAUAUUUGGGCUUUUCCGUUUAUUUAGUUCAAACUUUUAGAGUGACCUGGGGGCUCGUAGGUUGAAAGAGAAGAAGACUAAAUUGGAGGUGGAGAAACCCUCAAUCUGGAGGUGAAUGGCGAGGGUUCCAACUCAAAGGAAGCAGUCUGGCGAGGACAUGCAGGGGCUCUUGAAUAACUUACAUGAUUGGGAGCUAUCAUUCAAGGAUAAACACAAAAACAUUAAAUCGAACUUGAGAGAAGACGAGACUGGGACACAAGGAGUCGGCAAAUCCCGAAUUCCUGCUGCUCCAUAUAUUAAUUACAAUCCAAUUACACAUCAUCUAUCUGAAGAGAGUAGCAUUGACGCCAAUUCAGAGAAAGAGCUGGGUAAUGAGUUGUUUAAGCAGAAAAAGUUCAAUGAAGCCAUUGAUUGCUAUUCUAGAAGCAUUGCACUUUCACCAACUGCAGUAGCUUAUGCCAAUAGAGCCAUGGCUUAUCUUAAGAUUAAAAGGUUUCAAGAGGCAGAGAACGACUGCACAGAGGCCUUGAAUCUCGAUGAUCGCUACAUUAAAGCUUAUUCUCGCCGUUCAACUGCUAGGAAACAAGUUGGGAAAUUGAAAGAAUCAAUUGAAGAUGUUGAGUUUGCCUUGAGGUUGGAACCACAGAACCAAGAGAUCAAGAAGCAGCAUACAGAAGUUAAGGCUCUAUAUGAGAAGGAGAUUCUUAAAAGAGUAUCAGGAGCAACAGGAGUUUUUGCACAAGGGGCUCAAAACUCUGGAAAUACAAUUAAAUCUGGCCCUGUAAUCCAACCUGUUUCAAGUAGUUCUCAAAAGGUGGCUGAAGUUCCGAGAAUUCCUACCAAGAAAACUCACAAAACUAGCAAGCAAGAACUCAAGGAAUCUGUCCAAGAUCUUGCUGCUCGAGCAGCUGCUCUUGCCAAGGCUGAAGCUGCAAAAAGUAUUGCAGCACCAAAUUCAGCCUAUCAGUUUGAGGUUUCUUGGCGGGGACUUGCUGGUGAUCGUACUCUGCAAACUCAGUUAUUGAAGGUCACUUCACCUGCAACGUUACCCCGAAUAUUUAAAAAUGCAUUGUCUGCUCCAAUGCUCAUGGACAUUGUAAGAUGUGUUGCCACAUUUUUCAUUGAAGAUAUGAAUUUAGCAAUUAGAUACCUGGAAAAUCUGACAAAGGUCCCAAGGUUCGACAUGAUCAUCAUGUGCCUUUCAUCCAGUGAUAAAUCUGAACUUUUCAAGAUAUGGGAAGAGGUCUUCUGUAAGGGAGCUGCGGAGCACACUGCUACCCUUGGUGCGCUUUGCUUCAAGUAUGGCCUAAAACAAUGAUGGAGCUUUUUCUGGUGCAAUUAAUGUAGGAAAGCUGACAUUCUUGUAUUAUUAUCAGAUUUUUGUAAUUGUACAAAGCGAACAUGUUACGUGGAUAUAGUUUGUUACUGAAAUGGGAAUUUUCUUGUUGAAAUUC